CAACCGCUACCUAGUCGCUUUCACUAGCGACUCUCUCCUUCACAUACAGCCAACAAGUCUCAAGGCCCUCAAACCCAAGAAUAUCCGGUCGCUUCGUGUAGGACUUCGGACAGCAUGGCUCAAGGAGGUCCACAAAAUGCCCAUUCACGGGCUGCAGUGAUUGGCACUGUUUUGUUCUAUCUGGUUGCUGCUCUAGCGAUGGUCAUGGCGAAUAAAUGGGUUUUGAACACAACGGAGGUGCCCCUCUUCUUCCUGUUCACGCAGCUCAUGAUCGCCGUGGUUCUGUUCGUUGGCGCGCACCUUGUGGGUCUUCUGCAGGUGCCCAUGGACUUCGACCCCGCCGUUCUGAAGGGCUUGAUUCCAAUGGUCGGCCUAAAUGUUAUCGGCCUUAGCUUCAGCAACUACACCCUGAAGUAUGUCGAUGCGUCUUUCUAUCAAGUUGCACGGGGCAUGGUCCUUCCUUUCACUGUCAUGACCUCCUGUAUCUUCCUCCACUCUCGUCCCUCGUUAAUGGUUCUCUUCGCCUGCUCCAUCGUCACCUUCGGCUUCUUCAUUGGUGUCUUCCUUGAUGGCACACCAGUCUCGAUGGUCGGCAUCUCCUUCGGCGUCGCUAGCUCUAUGAUCACCGCUAUGCACUCUGUCGUCAUUAAGAAGAGCUUGGAUGUCGUCAAGAGCAGCGCUCUCAGCCUCUCCUGGUACACCAACCUUUUCAGCGCCGUUGCCCUACUUCCCGUUCUCCUAGUUGCUGGCGAGGGACCUGGAGUCUACAGCCUUCUCUCCGGUCACCAAAAUCCUCUUGCUGACGGUGUCAGUCCCCUCAAGACCUUCCUUUGGGGCUCUGCUAUCACCGGUGUCUUCGGUUUCCUCAUGAGCAUCGCCAGCUUGCUCUCUAUCAAGGUCACCUCUCCUAUCACCCACAUGGUCUCAUCGGCCGUCCGUGGUGUCGCGGCAUCGAUGCUUGGUGUCUGGCUCUUCCACGAUAUCAUCAGCACCGGCCGUGGCAGCUCCAUCGCUGCUAUCUUGCUCGGCUCCGUCUUCUACACGUGGGUUAAACACCAGGAGUCCCAGCCCCAGUACGAACGUGUGCCACUCGAGAAGAUCGAGGAGGGCAAGGGCGAUAUAUCGCCCACCAAGCGUUCGCGGACGCCUGAGGACUGAGCGUCCUGUUCGUUGAUCGGCCGAGAGCUGAUUUAGCGAGCUUCGUCGCUUGCGCGGCGGGCAGCACGGAUAAUGCGUCAAGAUACCCGCAAAUACCUCUGGGACUCUUCGCGGAGCGAGCUGGUGUCAUAGAAAGAGGUAGACUAGUCGUAAUUUAUACCGGGCAGGGCCCAUACUAAUAGGUGGCCCUGAGAUCUCCGGUUGUCCUAGUUAUCGGUAACUAUCCACAUAUGUAAGACUCUGCAUCUCUUC